UGGGACCUCUUGAAGUUCAGGUUGUACAGCCAAAAGAUGAUCACAGUGGGCUCACUUUAUCUUUGGGCCUGCCAAGUGCAAAUGUUAGUUCAGCUGAGUCUGCUAUUGGAGCACCAGGCAUUCCUGAUCUGGAUGAGCUUCUGGCACCCCUAGUUCUGCCUGCUCCUCCUCCAGUUGCACCUGUUGCACAUGCUGCUUUUGAUCUCAAUCAACCCAUUGAAUAGCUGCCCAUAGAAGACUUGGCAAUUCCAGAAGCUCAUUUGCCUGCUCUUGAGAAUGAAAUGCUGGUUGCUGAAUCUCUUCCGCAGCCUCAAAUGGAACUACCAGUACCAGAGCCACUUUUGCAACACAUGCUAUUGCCAGUUGAUGUUGCUGCUGCUACUUUCAGUGUUGUAGCUGAAAUUGAUGCUCCUCCUGCUGCUCUCCCCAUUGCAGCAAUAGUUCCAGAUGUUGCUGUUGCACCAUUGCCUGCAGAAGAGGUGCCUGUUGUCGCUACCAAUACUGAUGAUCUUGCUGCCCCUGCUCAGUUGCCUGAGAAAGAGCCCCACUCUCAGGCUCUCCUAUCUCUGGCCAAUAUGGAUGGCCCUGCUGCUGAACAGACUGAAGCUCUCAAUCAAAAUGCAGAAAUCUCCAGUUCCUCUGCAGGUCAGGAUGAUGAGUUUCUCUCAAAGGAGGGGUUGGAGCUUUGGAAGGCUCACUUUGCUCCUGGGGCCUCAACAGAUAAAGUUACCCAGAUUCUUUGUUGUAAGAAUUCAGAUGAGGAGCCAGAAGUUUCUUCUAAUGUUGUUUCCACACCCCAGGCAUUGCACAGAAGUAACACUCCCCCUCUACCACCUGCCAGCACCUCCCAUGCUCACACCCAAAGGAAGAGAAAAGAUAAGGCUCCCAUGGUGGAAACUGAGGCUGCUGCAAAGGACUGCUCUGAGGAGAUGCUACAUCAGCCCAAGAAGAAGAAGGAGGCCAAGGCUGCUGCCAAAGGACCAUCCAAGAAGGCUGCUUUCAAGCCUUAAGAUAGAUUUCCUGCUUAAGAUAGCUUUCUAAUGUUACCUAUGUAAGCAACAAGAAAUAUUAGAGCUGGGACUCUGUUGCACUUUUAUGAUGUUCUAUCCAUGGUACUUUUGAGAGACAAUGCUUU